AUGAAGUUAGCUAAGGUUCUCGCCAUUAUCAGUGCUGUCACCGUUGCCAUCUACGCACAAGGGCCCCCUCCUCCAAUUCCAGAGUGUGCGGAAGGUUGCAUCCAAGGCGGUCUCGGUUCAUCCAACUGCAAUCCGACUGAUUUCAAAUGUCAGUGUGCUGAUACUGAGGCCCUUGGCACCGUAAUGGACUGCGUCAAAGCCAAAUGCCAAGCUUCCCAGAUUCCAGGUAUUAUCGCUGCGGCGUCGGCUAUCUGCGCUGAGUACGGAGGUAACGAUAUUUCCAACGUUCUCAAGUCCAUCGUUGCUUCGGCUACCUCCCUCGUCGCUUCUGAGGUCUCGUCGCGUAUCACUAGCGUCUCUGGCAGCCAAAGAAUCAUCCCUACUGCUACUGCUACUGAGACUUCUAGUGCCAACGAGACCUCCACAGCUCCUACUUCUACCGAGUCCCCGAAUGGAGUUGGAAAGAACGCUAUCAACGGUAGCUUAGGCUUCGUCAUUGCUGGUCUCGUUGCCAUUGGCAUCUAA